AUGCAACUUCGUCUGGCAUAUGGCGGACCACACGGCAUGACCGUCAGCUGGAACACCUAUUCGCAGUUGCCUCAUCCAACAGUUUGCUUUGGGCGCAGCCCCAAGCUUCUAAACCGAUGUGUCUCUUCUAGCGCCUCCAUAAUCUAUACCACUUCCAUGAUUAACAGCAAUCAUGUCUCAAUAGCCGAGUUGGAAGCUGAUACACUGUACUACUACCUGCCUCAGCAUAGCAAUGCAACUUCUCCCUACACCUUCAAGACUAGCCGUCAGGCAGGUGACCAGACUCCUCACACCGUCGCCACGGCGUUAAUGAUGGCACCACUGGUAGGGUCCACAACAUCACGUACAAUGUUGGCAUCUGCAUGCCUGGCCAGACUAACUUUACCGGCUUCCGAAACCACUUCCGCAUGCCCAGCGCUCAGUCUGGUGAACUGCCGCGAGGUCUGGGAACCGCUGUUUUGGAAGUACAAUGUUGACUUGGUCCUCUCUGGCCAUGCCAACUACUACGAGCGGAAUGCCCCAAUUGCCAACUUCAACGUUCACCCGAACGAGUUGAACAAUCGAAUGCCCCAUGGUCCAUUACCAACGGAGCUGCAGGUCAUUAUAAUGGACUAG